GCUCGUACCCCGGAUGUUGAUUGAGCGCGUGUCAGUUGUGGUUCAGCUCAGCUGGUUAUGGGGGACGUUCAGGUUUAUUCUAACACAGUGUUCACGUUAUUUGUCCGCCACAUGUGCACAGAACAGCAGCAUGUCGAUGGACAUCACGUUCCUCGGGACCGGGUCCGCAUACCCGUCUCCUAACCGCGGCGCGUCUGCGCUCGUGUUGCGCACUGAAGGGGAGAGUUGGCUGUUUGACUGUGGAGAAGGAACACAGACUCAGUUCAUGAGGAGUUCGCUCAAAGCAAGCAAAAUCACCAAAGUGUUCAUAUCUCACCUCCACGGUGACCAUCUCUUUGGUCUCCCUGGUUUGCUGUGCACCAUCAGUCUGAACUCGAACCCUCAGCCGGAUCAGCCUGUGCCCUGUGUGGACGUUUACGGCCCGCGAGGGUUACGACACUUCGUUCGUGUGGCGUUGGAGCUGUCCAGCUCUCAGCUGCUCUUCCCGUAUGCGGUGCAUGAGCUGGAGCCGUCGGAUGAGCAGUGUCCCGUGGAGGGGCGUCUCAGUCCUGCGCUGACCUCCAGCAGUGAUGCGCUUCACCCACAGGAGCGUCCCGGCAGAACCGUACGCCUGGACCCGCACACUGACUGCUAUGACCUCGUUGAUGACACACAGUUCGUGGUUAAAGCGUUUAAGCUGUAUCACAGAGUCCCAUCGUUCGGGUUCUCGGUGGAGGAAAGGGAACGUCCAGGACGAUUGAACACAGACCUGUUGAAAGAACUAGGUUUGAAACCAGGACCUCUAUACGGUCGUCUGAAGAACGGAGAGUCUGUGACUCUACAUAAUGGACGUGUGUUGACCGCCAGCGAGGUGCUGGAGCCGGCGCUGAAGGGCCGUAAGGUGUGUGUUUUCGGGGACUGCAGCGGGGCGCUGGGUGAGGGCUUUAAAAGCGUGUGUCAGGGGGCAGAUGUGCUGGUGCACGAGGCCACGCUGGAGGACGGGCAGCAGGAGAAGGCAGUGGAUCACGGACACAGCACUCCCAGCAUGGCUGCCGCGGUGGCGCUCGCGUGCGGGGCACACACACUCGUUCUGCACCACUUCAGUCAACGCUACAAACCCGAAGCGCUGCGGCGGGACGGAGACGACGACGUGACGGAGCUGAAGAGACAAGCUGAGCUCGUGCUGCAGGGGUCGAGCACUGAGGUCAUUCUGGCCGAAGACUUUCUCACGCUGCCGGUUGCACUCAAAAAGAAUCUGAUGCGUUAGUUACUCUGGAUGCAAUUUCCAAUGGUUAUAUUUUAGUAUAAGGAAAUGUUUUAAUAAAGCCUGUCAUUUUUCCACU